AUGAAGCUCGGCCAUGAUAUAAACUUCAUUGUCCUGCACAAGAAAGCUAACUCUCUUUUCUCUCUGAUCGCUGACGGCGUGUACCGCACCACCACAAUGGGUCGCAACACGUGGAAGAAGCUUAUUGGGGCACAGGCCUCCUUGCAACGAAACUGUAAUAAGGAGGGUUUUAACGCGAUAUCAAACCACAAAACAGAUUCCAGGGUCAGAAUAGGCAUUGUGAGUAACCAACAAAAUGACUGCUCUGGUUCUGAAUCUAGAAUAGGCUUUGGUGGGGCUGGGUACCCUGUGGAUUCUAACACGUGUGGAAACGAGGCAGUAGCCAGUCCAGAUAACGGAGACAAACAUAUAAAGACGAUGGGCUACAUAUUAGUUCAGUAA